GUCCUUUAACAUGUUGGUUUACAGUGGAAGAAAACGUGCGCCUCGAUUGGAUUAGCUAGUUGUUACAAUUUAUACAAUAUUAGUUAAUUAAUAAAGACGAUUUAAGAUUUCACCGGCAGUAUAGUAGCUACGUUUCUUUUACCGCUUUAUAUCCAUGUAAGAAUUUCCAGAUGGGUAAACCCCAGAAGAAGAAGAGUCUUGCGGAUAAAGUCCGCCGGACAAAAACCACCACAGAGAUAAAGAAUAACCCAUUCGAGGUGAAGAUCAAUAGGAAGAAGUUUGAAGUGCUUGGGCGAAAGACAAAACACGAUGUCGGCCUCCCAGGUGUAUCCAGAUCGAAAGCUAUUCAGAAGCGCAAAGACACGCUACUAAAGGAGUACAAACAGAAGGACAAGUCAAAUAAGUUCAUUGACAGGAGGUUUGGAGAAUAUGACACAAAAAUGGCCCCAGAAGACAAAAUCUUGAAAAGGUUUGCUCUGGAGAGACAGCGCACAAAUGGGAAGAAGGACAUUUACAACUUGAAUGAGGAGGAGGAGCUGACCCAUUAUGGCCAAUCCCUUUCAGAAAUUGAGAAGUUCAAUGAUGCUCUUGACAGUGACAGUGAUUCGGAGGAGAAAGGCCUGCUUUCUGCGGAGCUCACGGCCUCGCACUUUGGCGGGGGAGGUGGAUUGCUCCGGAAGAAGACAGCAGGGGAAAAGGGGAGUGAGGAUGGCCAAAAGCCAAAAUCCCGACAGGAACUUAUUGAGGAAUUGAUCAUCAAGUCCAAACAGGAGAAGAGAGAGCGCCAGAACCAGAAAGAAGAGGCCCAGGAGCUGACUGAGAAACUGGACCAAGACUGGAAGUCCAUCCAGCUUCUUUUGUCCAAAAAGCCCCCUAAAUCUGAAGCCAAGGAAGAUGAAAAUAAGCCAAAGCUGGAGGAAUAUGAUAUGAUGGUGCGGGAGCUGGGCUUCGACAUGAAGGCUCAGCCCUCUGAGAAAAUGAAGACUCCAGAGGAGGUGGCACGGGAGGAGAAGGAGCGGCUUCACAAGCUGGAGGCUGACCGACUGCGCAGAAUGCAGGGUGACGUGGAGGAGAGCAAGAGCAAAAAGCAGGUUCACUGGUCCGCUGAUGACCUGAACGACGGCUUCAUCCUCGACAAAGAAGACAAGCGCGCACUCUCCUAUCAGGAUGGGAAAUGGAAUAUAGAAGAGGAGUUAGAGAAAGAGGGCGAGGAAGGUGAUGAUGAUGAUGGUGAUGAUGAGGAAGAGGAGGGAGAGAGUGGCCAGGAGGAAGAAUCUCAGUCGGAUGCAGAGAGUGAGGACGAGAAUGACGGCAGCGAUGAGGAGGAGGAGGACAGCCACUCUGACCUGGACUCAGAGCAGGACAGUGAGGGAGAAGAGGAGCUGACACCCAAACCCUCCAGCUCCGUGAGCGAAGAAGAGCGACUGGCCCAACAGGACGCUGCUAAAGCAGAGCUUCCGUACACCUUCACAGCUCCAGAGAGUUACAGUGACUUGAAAUCUGUAAUCCACGGACAUACUCCUGAGAAACAGUGCCUCAUUGUGGAGAGAAUACAGAAGUGCAAUCACCCGAGUCUAGCUGUGGGCAACAAGCUCAAACUGCAGAAAUUAUUUGGCUUCCUUCUGGAAUACCUUGGAGAGCUGGCCACGCGGAGUCCUCCUGAACUUGGCACAAUAAACAAGCUCAUCCCGCAGUUGUAUGGCCUCUGUCAGUUGUUCCCAGAUGCUGCCUGCAAGGCCAUGCAGACCGUACUCAGUGACAGUGCUCACGAAAUGGAGGAAGCUAUAGAGGUCAAAGGUCGAGCAUCUUUCCCAGGCCUAGAUAUGCUCAUUUACCUGAAGAUUACAGCCCUUCUGUUUCCUACUUCUGAUUUCCGACACCCUGUUGUCACCCCAGCCUUAAUGUAUAUAAGCCAGGCUCUCACUAAGUGUCCUGUAACCACGCUGGAGGAAGUGACUUCAGGAUUGAUUUUGUGUUGCCUGGCGCUGGAGUAUGUUACUCUCUCUCAGCGGUUCGUCCCUGAGCUCAUCAACUUCCUCUUGGGUAUCCUCCACCUGGCUGUUCCUGUGAAGCAGUCACUAGGUUACACUGUCGUGCCUCCUUUCAGACCUGUGGGGAAGAACUGUGAUCUGCUGGUGAUUCGUAGUGCUGAGGGGGCGGAGUCAUGGAGCAGGAAGACUCUGCCAUUGUCCGGAGUCCAGGGCCUCAGUUUUCUGAGUGAGGUUGAGAGGGACCAUUACAGGUUGUCGUUGUUGGCUACCUGCCUGGACCUGGUGAAAAGAUCUGUGUUGCUUUAUAAAUCACUUUCUUCCUUCAACCAUAUAUUUCAACCUAUCAGAAUCCUGCUCACUAAACAUCUACCUGUGGAAAGCUGCUCUACUCACAUAAAGGACCUUCACCAGGAAGUACUGGUGUCUGUAUCGGGUGCCCCAACACUGCAGCCUCCACUGGUGUUUGAUAAAAAGAAGCCCAUUCCUUUAAAGUUGUUUACGCCCAAAAUUGUCGAAGUGCUGGACUACGGGAAGAAGCGAGGAAGCUCCAAGCAGGAACGAGAGCGAGAGAGGCUGAAGCACAAAUACAAGAAGGAGUUCAAAGGCGCUCUUCGGGAGAUUCGCAAGGACACCAAGUUCCUGGCCAGGGAGAAGCUCACGGAAAUCAUGAGCAGGGACUUGGAGAGAAAGAGGAAGGUGAAGGAGCUCUUUGGCAGCCUGGCCACACAGGAGGGAGAGUGGAAAGCCAUGAAACGGAGGAAGAAGUGAGCAGAUUUCACGGAGGUGCAAAUUGGAUCUCUCUCUCCAAGGACAAGUCCAGCAGCUAUAGGGCCAGGAUAGCUGAGAAUCGGUCAUACUGUGCUUUAUGGCUCUCAGGCCUCAAAUUGAAUUCUAAGAAAAUAAGAUCAGCGGCCAAAAUGUUAAAUGUAAAUCAUUUGUAUAAACCCAGAACUGGAGCUGUUUCAAGUUUUUUCCAGUUUGUUGUGACACACCUCAAAAUGAGACAUUGCUGUUUAUGGAUUUUUUUAAUGUGCAUGAAUUCAGAUGUUUAUGUUUUUGGAACAGUAAUAGCAGCAUUUGACCAUGUUAUUGCUUUAGGCUGUGUGUAAAAUCUGUCUGAACUGAAGGUCAUGUUUGAUUAAAAAACCAUGUACAGUGA